AUGAUCGCCCAAGCCUCGGAUCCGCCCCCGAAAGCCCCAAAGCCGGUUACACGCGACUCGAUCACCGACGAUGCUUCCCACACCAACCGCUACGGCUCUGUCCCGGGGGUCGUCGAGGAUGUCGUCCAGGUCAUUGACCACAAGGCCGAACGGGCUCUCUGUCGUCGCUUCGACUUUCGUAUACUUCCGGUGCUCGCAUUAAUGUAUCUCUUCAAUGCCCUGGACAAAGGCAACCUCAGUAAUGCUGAAACUGCCGGCAUGAGCGACGAUCUCAAUUUCAAACCCGGGCAAUACAACCUUCUCCUCUCCAUCUUUUACGUCCCAUAUGUCAUCUUCGCGCCUCCCUUCGCUAUGCUCGGCAAACGUUGGAGUCCCGCCCGCGUACUCCCCGUCCUUAUGUUCUCCUUUGGUUCCUUCACGCUGCUGUCGUCCGCGACCAAGAAUUUCGGUGGCAUGUUCGCUCUGCGCUGGUUCCUCGGCACGUCCGAAGCGGCCUUCUUCCCACUAGUCAUCUACUACCUCACAACCUUCUACCGGCGUGCCGAGCUCGCCCGUCGGCUUGCCAUCUUCUACGCAGCCAGCAACAUUGCCAAUGCCUUCUCCGGCCUACUCGCCUUUGGUGUCUUCCAAAUCAAAGACUCCUCGCUCCCGGACUGGCGGUACCUGUUCAUCCUUGAAGGUGGUGUCACCGUCCUCUUCUCCUGCUUCGCGUUCUGGUACCUCCCGCGGUCUGCUUCGACAGCGUCCUUCCUCAGCGAAGACGAGAAGCUCCUCGCCCACCACCGCAUCCAAGUCGACAGUUCCGCCAUCGUCGACGAGCCGUUCCGCCUCCGCUCCGCUCUCGGUAUCUUUUCCCACCCCUCCACAUAUGCCUUCCUCGCCAUUGAAAUCUGUCUCGGUGUGCCCCUGCAGGGCGUCUCCCUCUUCAUGCCCCAGAUCAUCCAACGUCUGGGCUUCUCCACCGUCAAAACAAACCUCUACACAGUGGCCCCUAACGUCACCGGAGCAGCCAUGCUCAUUAUUCUCGCCUUCGCAUCCGAUGCCGUCCGCCUUCGUGCCCCAUUCAUCGUCCUAGGCUUCCUCCUCACCUUCACGGGCUUCAUGAUCUAUGCCGCUAUCGAUGACGUCGAUCGCCAGAUCCACUUAGCGUACUUUGCCACCUUCAUGAUGACCUGGGGGACCUCCGCACCGUCCGUGCUGCUCUCCACCUGGUACAACAACAACAUUGCAGACGAGAACAAGCGUGUGCUGCUGACGAGUAUCGGCGUGCCGUUGGCGAACUUGAUGGGCCUGGUGUCGAGCAAUGUCUUCCGGGAGAAGGAUAAGCCAAAGUACCUGCCUGCCCUCGUAACGGUGGGUGCAUUCGGAGGUACGGGUGCUAUUCUGGCCUCGCUAUUGGGCGUCUAUAUGCUUUUGGAUAAUCGAAGGAGGGAUCGUAAAGAGGGAGUCAGGAUGCGGGCGCAGGAUGUCCCAACUGAAAGGUUGCGCGAUGGGCCGGGGGCUGUUGGGUUCCGGUGGUUCUUAUGA